ACUGAAUCUGCAGUCACACGUGGGACCUACCUUGAUGCAAUUUCUUCUUCCCAUCUAGAUAGAUUCCGAUCACAACCUGUCUCUACUGCAACUCAAAAAAUGGCAGAGAAGGCCAACGGGAACAGCGUCUACGCCGAUGAACAAGACGAAGAAGAACUGAAGUCGAACCAGAGGAAGGGAAGGGUAAAAGAGACCUUGCCGGAGGUCCUUAACCGUAUCGCCUCCGCCAUUCUCUUCCCGGAGCCCGCCUACGCCGGAUCCAUACUCCGCCGGAUUAAGGUCUCCGUCUCCGACAACGCUCCACUCCUUCCGGACGCUUCCAGAAACUCCGCUCGCGACGUCAUCCUCUGGACUCGCCGCGGCACUCCCUUCCGCGCCCUCUUCGUCAUCUCCGUUGGGACGGUUGCUUUUGUUGCAUUGACAGGACUGCUUGUAUUUAUGCUUUUCUUUCUGGCUGCGACCAUAAAUGCCAUUGUCAUAUCACUGCUAAUGUCUUUGGCAGCAGCAGGAGGAUUCUUGGCUCUUUUCUUUGCUUUUGUUACAGCUAUAUACAUUGGAGCAUUAACAGUUGCCAUAUUUGCUAUUUCCGUUACCACAUUUUGGGCAAUUGUGGCUAUUCUGAUAAUCACAGGCUGGAUCGGAUUCAUUUACACGGUGUGGCUGGUAACUAGAAAGAGCUUUGGAUUUGCUAAACACUCGUUGGGCGUGACUGGCUCUGCAAUUUCAUCUUACACUACUGCACGGCAGGCACACCACCUGAUACACACAAAUUCAAAGUAGGGGAUGAUGAUCAAAAGUGGAAACUUAUGUACAAAUCUUAAGCUACAUGUGUGUUUGGGAAUGACACGAGCUUCUUCUGGCUGGUAUGAAGUCUUGUUCUUAGAUCCUUCAUAGUUUGGUUUCAAUCCCUGUCUUUUGUUUUGUACUUAUGAACUGAUGGAUGUUUUGAUAAAUAAGCCAGGUUAUUGUGUGUUGUGUUUAAAGUUUGAUGUUAAUAUAAAGCAGUGGCUUUUCUUCUGUAGCCCAUCUAGUUGCCUGGCGUAGUACAAUUUGUAGCCGAUACGAAGUUACAUUUGUGUGUAAAUGAUGUAAUAUUAUUAAAAGAAAAAAUGAUGUAAUUUUGGAACGAAGUAUAUUUUCUGCAUUUGUGGGAUCAAAUAUGUGCAUGCGGUAUUUCUACAAC